AUGUCCCUGCUCUGCGUUGGAGUCAAAAAAGCCAAGUUUGAUGGUGCCCAAGAGAAAUUCAACACGUACGUGACCCUGAAGGUGCAGAAUGUCAAGAGCACGACCAUCGCGGUGCGCGGCAGCCAGCCCAGCUGGGAGCAGGACUUCAUGUUUGAGAUUAACCGCCUGGAUUUAGGACUGACUGUGGAGGUGUGGAACAAGGGUCUCAUCUGGGACACAAUGGUGGGCACUGUGUGGAUCCCACUGAGGACCAUCCGACAGUCCAAUGAGGAGGGCCCUGGAGAGUGGCUGACGCUGGACUCCCAGGUGAUCAUGGCCGACAGCGAAAUCUGCGGCACCAAGGACCCCACGUUCCACCGCAUCCUGCUGGACACGCGCUUCGAGCUGCCCCUGGACAUCCCCGAGGAGGAGGCGCGGUACUGGGCCAAGAAGCUGGAGCAGCUGAACACCCUGAGGGACCAGGACGAGUACUCCUUCCACGACGAGCAGGACAAGCCGCUGCCCGUGCCCAGCAGCCAGUGCUGCAACUGGAAUUAUUUUGGCUGGGGUGAACAGAACGAUGACCCCGACAGUGCUGUGGAUGAUCGGGACAGUGACUACCGCAGUGAGACCAGCAACAGCAUCCCGCCGCCCUAUUACACCACGUCGCAGCCCAACGCCUCUGUCCACCAGUAUUCUGUCCGCCCGCCGCCUCUGGGGUCCCGGGAAUCUUACAGCGACUCCAUGCACAGUUAUGAGGAAUUCUCCGAGGCGCGGGUCCUCAGCCCCACCGGCAGCAGCCACUACGCCUCCUCGGGAGAGCUGAGCCAGGGCAGCUCCCAGCUGAGCGAGGACUUCGACCCCGACGAGCAGAGCCUGCAGGGCUCGGAGCUGGAGGACGAGCGCGACCGGGACUCCUACCACUCCUGCCACAGCUCCGUGAGCUACCACAAAGACUCGCCCCGCUGGGACCAGGAUGAGGAGGACCUAGAGGAGGACCUGGAGGAGGACCUGGAGGAGGAUCUGGAGGAUGAGGAGCUGCCCGAGGAGGAGGAGGAAGAGGAGGAGGAGGAGGAGGUGGAGGAGGAGGAGGAGGUGCCCGACGACCUGGGCAGCUAUGUCCGGCAGGAGUCAGUCGCAGCGGAGCCCAAAGACUUCAAGCGCCUCAGCCACCCACCAGCUGCUCCCGAGAAGGAGGACAAGGCCCCCACCUUGCCCACGGAGGCCCCCGAUGUGCCCAAGGCGACCUCCAAGCCACCCACACCUGAAGAGGUGCCUGGAGCACCCGAGCCUGAACCCCCCAAGGCUGAGGAGAGUUUCAGGCCACGGGAGGAUGAGGAAGGCCAGGAGGGUCAGGACUCCAUGUCCAGGGCCAAGGCCAACUGGCUGCGAGCCUUCAACAAAGUGAGGAUGCAGCUGCAGGAGGCCCGAGGAGAAGGAGAAAUGUCCAAAUCCCUCUGGUUCAAGGGUGGCCCUGGGGGCGGUCUCAUCAUCAUAGACAGCAUGCCGGACAUCCGCAAGAGGAAGCCCAUCCCACUUGUGAGCGAUCUGGCCAUGUCGCUGGUCCAGUCCAGAAAAGCUGGCAUCACCUCGGCCUUGGCCUCGAGCACAUUGAACAACGAAGAGCUGAAAAACCACGUUUACAAGAAGACCCUGCAAGCCUUAAUCUACCCCAUCUCCUGCACGACGCCACACAACUUCGAAGUGUGGACGGCCACCACGCCCACCUACUGCUAUGAGUGCGAGGGGCUGCUGUGGGGCAUCGCGCGGCAGGGCAUGCGCUGCACCGAGUGCGGCGUCAAGUGCCAUGAGAAGUGCCAGGACCUGCUUAACGCCGACUGCCUGCAGCGGGCCGCGGAGAAGAGCUCCAAGCACGGGGCGGAGGACAGGACACAGAACAUCAUCAUGGUGCUCAAAGACCGCAUGAAGAUCCGGGAGCGCAACAAGCCGGAGAUCUUCGAGCUCAUCCAGGAAAUCUUCGCUGUGACCAAGACCGCGCACACGCAGCAGAUGAAGGCCGUCAAGCAGAGCGUGCUGGACGGCACAUCGAAGUGGUCGGCCAAGAUCAGCAUCACCGUGGUCUGUGCCCAAGGCUUGCAGGCAAAGGACAAGACGGGAUCCAGCGACCCUUAUGUCACAGUCCAGGUCGGGAAGACCAAGAAACGGACAAAAACCAUCUAUGGAAACCUCAACCCUGUGUGGGAAGAGAAUUUCCACUUUGAAUGUCACAACUCCUCUGACCGCAUCAAGGUCCGCGUCUGGGAUGAGGACGAUGACAUCAAAUCCCGCGUGAAGCAGAGGUUCAAGAGGGAGUCCGAUGACUUCCUGGGGCAGACUAUCAUCGAGGUUCGGACGCUCAGCGGCGAGAUGGACGUGUGGUACAAUCUGGAUAAGAGAACAGACAAAUCCGCUGUGUCUGGCGCCAUCCGGCUACACAUCAGCGUAGAGAUCAAGGGCGAGGAGAAGGUGGCCCCCUACCAUGUCCAGUACACCUGUCUGCACGAGAACCUGUUCCACUUCGUGACGGACGUGCAGAACAACGGGGUGGUGAAGAUCCCUGACGCCAAGGGGGACGACGCCUGGAAGGUGUAUUACGAUGAGACGGCGCAGGAGAUCGUGGACGAGUUCGCCAUGCGCUACGGCGUCGAGUCCAUCUACCAAGCCAUGACCCACUUUGCCUGCCUCUCCUCCAAGUACAUGUGCCCCGGUGUGCCAGCCGUCAUGAGCACCCUGCUCGCCAACAUCAACGCCUACUAUGCGCACACCACCGCCUCCACCAACGUGUCUGCCUCCGACCGCUUUGCUGCCUCCAACUUCGGGAAAGAGCGCUUUGUGAAACUCCUAGACCAGCUGCACAACUCCCUGAGGAUCGACCUCUCCAUGUACCGGAAUAACUUCCCGGCCAGCAGCCCCGAGCGACUCCAGGACCUCAAGUCCACUGUGGACCUCCUCACCAGCAUCACCUUCUUUCGGAUGAAGGUACAAGAGCUCCAGAGCCCGCCCCGCGCCAGCCAGGUGGUGAAGGACUGCGUGAAGGCCUGCCUCAACUCCACCUACGAGUACAUCUUCAACAACUGCCACGAGCUCUACAGCCGCGAGUACCAGACCGACCCGGCCAAGAAGGGGGAGGUUCCCCCCGAGGAGCAGGGGCCCAGCAUCAAGAACCUGGACUUCUGGUCCAAGCUGAUCACCCUCAUAGUGUCCAUCAUUGAGGAGGACAAGAACUCCUACACCCCCUGCCUCAACCAGUUCCCCCAAGAGCUGAAUGUGGGGAAGAUCAGCGCCGAGGUGAUGUGGAACCUGUUCGCCCAGGACAUGAAGUACGCCAUGGACGAGCAUGACAAGCACCGCCUGUGCAAGAGCGCCGACUACAUGAACCUGCACUUCAAGGUCAAGUGGCUCUACAACGAGUACGUGGCAGAGCUUCCCGCCUUCAAGGACCGCGUGCCCGAGUACCCCGCGUGGUUUGAGCCAUUUGUCAUUCAGUGGCUGGAUGAGAAUGAGGAGGUGUCCCGGGACUUCCUGCAUGGCGCCCUGGAGCGGGACAAGAAGGAUGGGUUCCAGCAGACCUCGGAGCACGCGCUCUUCUCCUGCUCCGUGGUGGACGUCUUCUCCCAGCUCAACCAGAGCUUCGAGAUCAUCAAGAAGCUCGAGUGCCCCGACCCCCAGAUCGUGGGGCACUACAUGAGGCGCUUCGCCAAGACCAUCAGCAACGUGCUUCUCCAGUACGCGGACAUCAUCUCCAAGGACUUCGCCUCCUACUGCUCCAAGGAGAAGGAGAAAGUGCCCUGCAUCCUCAUGAACAACACCCAGCAGCUCCGCGUCCAGCUGGAGAAGAUGUUCGAAGCCAUGGGAGGGAAGGAGCUGGACGCCGAGGCCAGUGACAUCCUGAAGGAGCUCCAGGUGAAACUCAACAAUGUCUUGGAUGAGCUCAGCCGGGUGUUCGCCACCAGCUUUCAGCCACACAUCGAAGAAUGCGUCAAACAGAUGGGUGACAUCCUCAGCCAGGUGAAGGGCACAGGCAACGUGCCCGCCAGCGCCUGCAGCAGUGUGGCCCAGGACGCCGACAACGUGCUGCAGCCCAUCAUGGACCUGCUGGACAGCAACCUGACCCUCUUUGCCAAAAUCUGCGAGAAGACGGUGCUGAAGCGGGUGCUGAAGGAGCUGUGGAAGCUGGUCAUGAACACCAUGGAGAAGACCAUCGUCCUCCCGCCGCUCACCGACCAGACGAUGAUCGGCACCCUCUUGAGAAAACAUGGCAAGGGAUUAGAAAAGGGCAGGGUGAAACUGCCAAGCCACUCAGACGGGACCCAGAUGAUCUUCAAUGCCGCUAAGGAACUCGGUCAGCUGUCCAAACUCAAGGACCACAUGGUGCGAGAAGAAGCCAAGAGCUUGACUCCGAAGCAAUGUGCAGUUGUUGAACUAGCCCUGGACACCAUCAAGCAAUACUUCCACGCCGGUGGAGUGGGCCUCAAAAAGACCUUCUUGGAGAAGAGUCCCGACCUGCAGUCACUGCGCUAUGCCCUGUCCCUCUACACGCAGGCCACCGACCUGCUCAUCAAGACCUUCGUGCAAACGCAGGGAGCGCAAGGCUCUGGGGUAGAAGAUCCUGUGGGUGAAGUCUCCGUCCAUGUAGAGCUCUUCACCCAUCCAGGCACUGGGGAACAAAAGGUCACGGUGAAAGUGGUGGCUGCUAAUGACCUCAAGUGGCAGACUUCUGGUAUCUUCCGGCCAUUCAUUGAGGUCAACAUCAUUGGGCCCCAGCUCAGUGAUAAGAAACGCAAGUUUGCAACCAAAUCCAAGAACAACAGCUGGGCCCCCAAGUACAACGAGAGUUUCCAGUUCACGCUGAGCGCGGACGCAGGCCCCGAGUGCUACGAGCUGCAGGUGUGCGUCAAGGACUACUGCUUCGCGCGCGAGGACCGCACGGUGGGGCUGGCUGUGCUGCAGCUGCGCGAGCUGGCCCAGCGCGGGAGCGCCGCCUGCUGGUUGCCGCUCGGCCGCCGCAUCCACAUGGACGACACCGGCCUCACGGUGCUGCGUAUCUUAUCCCAGCGCAGCAACGACGAGGUGGCCAAAGAAUUCGUCAAGCUCAAAUCAGACACGCGCUCUGCCGAGGAGGGCGGUGCGGCGCCUGCGCCUUAG